AGAAAAGCCCUAGGCGGCGGCGCAUCCCCAACCGUCAUAGCAGCAGCAGCUCCAGAGAGGCGGCGCGACGCGGGCUUCAGGUUUCAGCCGAAUCCUUCCGAUAGCACAAGUCGCGGCGGCUGUUCGGUUGAUCGAUUGGAGAGGAGGGAGAUGACGCAGAAGCAGAGCCUGUUCAAGGGGCAGAAGAAGAACAAGUCCAUCCCUCCCAGUCGCCACGGCAAGGCCCCCCACGUCCGCAAAGGGAAGAGGGUCGUGAAGCCGAACAAGUUCACCAAGGACAUGGACGCCGACAAGGAACUGACCAAAUUCAUCAACCACUGCAAUGAAAUAAAAGCUGCAAAUCUUGCUAGCAAAGAAGGCGGCGACCUCAAUAUCGUGAAGCCAGACGGCGAUCAAUCUAAAUCAAAGUAGGAAGCUGGAAGCUAAACUGAUGUGCAACUGAAGACGAGUUCGUGGACUGUGAAAUGCCGUGUAUGCUGUUCCCCUGAACCAAUUCAAUUCAAUUCAAUAUGGCUGGGUAGAAGAGCAUGUUUGCAACCAGUUUUGUGGAACACAAGUUUUGUUCUGUGAAAUCUCUGUUCUUUUAUUUUUUGGGUGUUAGUUUGCGUGUAAUUAUCCGAUCCAUUAAAACAUACUUAACUUAGCCGUGGGCCCAUAGGAUCGCUGUGGCAGCAUAAAGCUGGACGUUGCAAUCAUGCCAUCAGUAGAUUGUUUCUGCUCGCAAGCAUGGCCGCUUGUUUUAUCUGUUU